AUGAGAAGCACACAUUUCAUACAGAUUUAUCUUGAGGUACGACAGCGAUUCAAAACAAACAGCAGAUUUUUCUUCGGAAAGAACAACGUGAUGGCUAUAGCGUUAGGAAAAGACGCUUCCUCAGAGUAUGCCCCAGAGCUUCACAAGGUGAGUCAGCGGUUGCAAGGGCAGUGUGGUCUCAUGUUUACAUUGUUAUCAAGAGCCAAAGUUAACAGCAUUCUUAAAGAGCUGUCAACUCCUGACUUUGCUCGGGCGGGUCAUAUCCCUAAGGAAACUAUCACGGUUCCGGAAGGGCCUCUGCCUCAGUUUGCAUUUUCAAUGGAGCCACAACUUCGAAAGUUGGGAUUGCCAACGAAACUCGAUAAAGGAGCGAUUACGUUAUAUCAGGACUAUGAUAUUUGUAAAGAAGGAGAGCCUCUCACUGCAGAACAAGCAAAGAUUCUCAAACUGUUCGAUCACAAGUUGGCUGAAUUUAAAAUUAACAUCGUUUCGCAAUGGGAUAAAGAGGACGGCUUCAGGAAUAUCUCGAAGAAAGAUAAUAAGGAAAGGCUUGACAGUAUGACAGCUGAAGAGUCCUAG